UUGAUGGGCUGAAUGGCCUAAUUCUGCUCCGAUCACCUAUGAGCUUUGUCCCCACUAGAUGACCGUCCACAAUCUGUACAUCUUUGAUCGGAAUGGGAUCUGCCUUCAUUACAGCGAGUGGAAUCGGAAAAAGCACGCGGGCAUCUCAAGGGACCAAGAAUACCAGCUGAUGUACGGAAUGCUCUUCUCCAUCCGCUCCUUUGUCAACAAGAUGUCUCCGGUCGAUUUUAGGGAUGGCUUCCUGUCCUUUCAGACGAGCAAAUACAAACUGCAUUAUUACGAGACGGCCACUGGACUUAAAAUUGUCAUGAACACGGACCUGGGCGUGGGAAACAUCAGAGACAUUCUGAGCCAAAUCUACAGCACUAUCUUCGUGGAGCUGGUGGUGAAGAACCCGCUGUGCAGCCUGAACGAGCCCAUCCAGAGCGAGCUCUUCCGCACCAAGUUGGACAGCUACGUGCGCGGCCUGCCCUUCUUCUCCGCCCGUGCCGGCUGAGCCCGGCCGCCCGCGGUCCAGACGUCUCGCCGAGAGCAGACGCCGGUGGCCCCCGGCACAGGACCUGCCCCUCUGCCCGGCUUCCAUCCCUCCUCCCGCAUGGAAUUCCUCGCUCCCCACCCCCGGGGUCUCUGCGCGGGCUGGAUGGCGGCAGCACCGUGCCGCCGGCGUUGAAAUCGGCAGUCAUCUCCGUGAUCUUCUGUCGUCUCCCUGCUACCUGUAAGUUGUAAAAUAAAUCUGGCCAAAGUGUCUUUGUCGACGUUGAUAAA